AUGCGGGAAAUCGUGCACAUCCAAGCCGGGCAGUGCGGGAACCAAAUCGGGGCGAAAUUCUGGGAGGUGAUCUGCGAUGAACACGGCAUCGGUGCCGAUGGGACCUACAUCGGGGACUCCGAUUUACAGCUCGAGCGCGUGAACGUGUACUACAACGAAGCGAACGGAGGACGCUACGUGCCAAGAGCGGUUCUCAUGGAUCUCGAGCCCGGAACGAUGGACUCAGUGCGCUCUGGACCGUACGGACAAAUUUUCCGACCUGACAACUUUGUGUUCGGUCAAACGGGUGCGGGGAACAACUGGGCCAAGGGUCACUACACCGAAGGCGCGGAGUUGAUCGACUCCGUUCUGGACGUCGUGCGAAAGGAGGCGGAGUCGUGCGACUGCUUGCAAGGUUUCCAAGUGUGCCACUCGCUCGGCGGCGGUACUGGUUCCGGUAUGGGUACGCUUCUCAUUUCGAAGAUUCGCGAGGAGUAUCCCGAUCGCAUGAUGCUCACGUUCUCCGUCGUGCCAUCCCCGAAGGUGUCCGACACCGUUGUUGAACCGUACAACGCCACGCUCUCCGUGCACCAGCUCGUUGAAAACGCCGACGAGUGCGUCGUGCUCGACAACGAAGCGCUUUAUGACAUCUGCUUCCGCACGCUGAAGCUCACGAAUCCGACGUUCGGUGACUUGAACCACCUGAUUUCGGCCGUUAUGUCUGGUAUCACGUGCUGCUUGCGAUUCCCCGGUCAGCUCAAUGCGGACUUGCGUAAGCUUGCAGUCAACUUGGUGCCGUUCCCGCGCUUGCACUUCUUCAUGGUUGGCUUCGCACCACUCACGUCCAGAGGCGCACAACAGUACCGCGCGCUCUCUGUUCCGGAGAUCACGGCGCAAAUGUGGGACGCGAAGAACAUGAUGUGCGCCGCUGACCCGCGUCAUGGCCGCUACCUCACCGCCUCCGCGCUCUACCGUGGACGCAUGUCCACCAAGGAGGUCGAUGAGCAAUUGCUUAACGUUCAAAACAAGAACUCCUCCUAUUUUGUCGAGUGGAUUCCGAACAACGUUAAGAGCUCGGUGUGCGACAUCCCUCCGAAGGGUCUUAAGAUGUCCGCCACCUUUGUUGGCAACACUACCGCGAUUCAAGAAAUGUUCAAGCGCAUCAGCGAGGCGUUCACGUCCAUGUUCCGACGCAAAGCGUUCUUGCACUGGUACACGGGUGAGGGUAUGGAUGAGAUGGAGUUCACCGAGGCUGAAUCGAACAUGAACGAUUUGGUGUCCGAGUACCAGCAGUACCAGGACGCCACUGUGGAUGAUGACGGAGAUUACGACGACGACGACGACGGAGCGUAUUAA